AUGACCCAGUUGAUAAAGUGCGGUACUUCAGACGAUAAUGAAACAAAAGCAAAAUUUCUCACUGGGGUUUUACUUUCAUCUGAGAUGACUGAUAACUUCUACUUCAAUCUGACACUCUUGACACAGGCUUUAAAAACGAAGCAAAAUGGCAUUUUAAAAUGGAUCAAUUCAUUGAAUUGUGAUCCCUUCAAAGAGAUUACACGAUUUCUCGCUAUUGGGACUCUUCAAGGCGCCAACAUGAAGAAACUCAGCGAAAGCCACAAACAUCUCGAAAGAUUGAAAAGAGUCCGUCCUUCAAAUCAAUCAGCACACUGA